GGGUGGAGUAAUGGAAAGAAAAGCCGUCCCCUCUUACACCACCUCGGCUUUUUGCCACGCAGUUUCAGCAAAAAACCUCUAAUGUGAUCAAGAUGGAAGCUGUCCAUGGACGUCUCACUGCUCCCCGGCUUUCUGUCUGCCUUUGGGAGCUCCAGCACUUGUUUAGCAAUCCAAGACCAAGGGUACUGACUGUAGUCUCCAAAAUGGCUCGCACAGCUUCCCAUUAAGGACUGGAUUCAGAGUACGCUUGCAAAUUUCAAGUCACUUGGAGAGAGUUGGAUUCAUUUUUCUUUAAAUGUGGAGGAACUGCUUCUGGUUAAUGAAUGAGAAGGCAUCCUGUGGAGCUCUCUGGAUAACUGUGCUUGAACUCUUUUGUUGGAAUAUAUACAUUCAUUUGCUGGACAGGAAAAAAAUCCAGAUAUUGGAUUUUAUUGCAAGAUGAUGUCAUGUUUGGAAAAUGUACAAAAAGUAAAUGUUAGUAUUCAACUCUAAUGUGGGUUGAAGUUUGGAUAUCAGUGGUUGGCUUAAUGGGCGCAAAGAAUGUGUAUUUAAUUUUGAAAAAGGUAUAUCCAUUUGCACUUUUACAAAUAUUUACAUUUAGUUUCAUUCUAAAUAUGGUAGUUAAAGCUGAUCACCCCCAGGCUCAUUCCUUAGAUAGUAACUUUUUGAAACAAUAUGACUUCUUAAGAAAGCUGUAAAAAAAAAUUGUUUUUUUGUCACAGUUACAUACUGUACUGUUACAUGUUCUUGUUAACUGAUCUAACAAAGCAAUUGUUCAGCUUAAACAGAAUAUUGUAAUGUAUAUUCAAAACAACAACCAUAAAGUAACAUAAAAUAAUUUAUGCUGAGUUGGAUCUGUAAGGUACCACAAUUAAUCUUAUUGGGUUGUGCACUUAAGCUGACCGUCAGCUGCUGUUUAAGUUCCCUUCAUUUAUGUAAUUUCCUUUUUGUAGGUAGGUGAUCUGACAGCUGUAGUGUUAAGAUCCUAAAAACUGAACAAGGGGAAGCAGCUUCAGAAUCUUUGCCUUGUCAGGUUUUUCUGCUUAAGACUCACAAAGCUUUAACAUCUGUUCUGGGUCAGGGUGACUGACUGCAGUCGGCAUGCUGUAAAGUAAAAUUUAGAAAGACAUUGAUUUGGAAACUUGUUGAGAUCUUUUACUGUUCCAGUUUAUAAGCUCCCAUGGUACUGGGAAUGCAGAGCAGUUGCAAUCCUUAAACUUUCACCCACUGCUUCCUGUUAACUUGAGAAGCAGGACUGUCAUCUGGACAUUCAGUUGCUGUAAACCGACAACUAGAGAGCAGCAGCCCUAUGGGAUUGUACUUGGCUUUCCAUCAUGCCUGUUGCUAUACGGAAAAGAAGUUGGGAAGAACAUGUGACUCACCCAUCAGGAUUACAGUAUAGCUAUGAUGAUCUGGAUCUGGUGUGUUGUCAUGGAGUUGACAGAAAUGGUUUUUGGGUCAGCUCUGGGGCUUUAAAACAGGGCCGACAGACGAGAUGUGCCUCCAUGCCAGAGGGUUGCCAGCUGCCUUCAGAUGACCCGGGUCAGACAGGUUUGGUUGAAGCUUUUGCUGUUGACGAUGUUGAUGAAUCAAGACGCCUGAAGCAAACUGAAAACAGUGGGAACUCUCUGUUAAAUCGUCAAGAGUCAGUUCACGAGUUGGUGGGUCCAGAAUUUCUACAGAUGAAUUCCAAGUCAGCACAACUUCCAGCCGCAAAUACUGGGAUGUCUGCAGCCUUGUGUUAUUACUCAAAUGGUAACAUCUCUAGCGUUAACAUGUCUUUUGAAACUGAUAAUCCGAGUGUGAAAACUCUUUACAAUAAAGGGGUAAACAGCCCAGGAAGAAGCCAGGGUAGCAUCUUCAGUGGGGAUGUUGUUGUUAAAGGCCUUAAAGAGCAACAAUACAUCUCUAUCUCUUCAAACAAGGGGCCUCCAUUGUCUGAAUCUGCUGGUGAGCAGCCUGGCAAACUUCCAGCCCAUCAGCAGACAAAGGAGACCCACACAGAGGGUUACAGCAGAUCUCCUGCAAUCUCUGAAGUUACAUUGAACUGUUGCACUGCUGCCGGACAGGAACCUCAGACUGACUGUCCAGAUGUUGCAGGAAUUAUUUCUAUCUCCAACCAAGCUGGUGCAAGGGGACCAGUUUUUGCGCUGCAAAAUUCUGCUGAUGCAAUGGAGGGUGGCAAUGCAUUAUCUCUGCCUAACAAGUCUUUGCAACCAUUUCUGACUUUCAUUAUAGAUGAAGAAUGUGACAAAGGAUUUACUGAAAGCCAGAGUGCAGCUGUUGUCCACAAUCUGGGUGGACUGAAUGGGUUAGAAGCUAAAAAUGAAAAUCCAGGACUCAGUCAUUCAAGAAACAUUCAGGGCAAGCAGGAGUAUUCUAACUGUGCUGUGGCAUUGGGUCAGGCCAUUGAUUGUGAGAUCUCCAAAUGCAACCUGAAAAUUCCCACAGCUGCCAAGCAUGAACUUCAAACCAACUGCCAAGAGACUGAAGGGAUUAUUUCCACCUCUGACCAAGCUGGUGCAGGAGGGUCUGUUUUUGUGUUGCAAAGUUCAGGUCAUACAAUGUAUGAUGAUAAUACAUUGUCAAUGCAACCUGUUAUGGCUUCUUCAUUGGAUGAACAAUGUGACGAAAUAUUUACUCAAAGCCAGAUUACAGUUUUUGCUCAUAGGCUGGAUGGACCGAAUGACUUAGAAACUCUAAAUGAAAAUGCAGAACCCACUCAUCACUCAAGAAACAUUCACAUCGAACAGGAUCCUUACAACUGCAACGUGACUUUAGAUGAGGGUAAUGAUUGUGAAACACUUAACCAGAUACUGGCUGAGCAGCAUGAUGUUGCAAAAACAGCAGGGAGCUGGCCUCAUAUGCAGGAAAGUGCAGGACAAGGAGAGCCAGCUGACAUAUUUCAGACUAAAGUUAAAAAUCAGGGUUUGGCCGCAUUUAAAACUGUAUCAUCUGAACACCAGAGUAUUGAAAAUUCAGGAAGAGAGUCGAUGCAGACAAGCACUAUUCGGUGUGAAGAUCAUCAUGAAAAAACCUCUUUAAGUCAAUCUUUGGGUAAUAUGGUUGAGAGCUUAUUACCCAAAGAGUUGACUGUUUGCGAGGAUGUAGACAUGCCUCCGCCUAUUGAAAAUAACUAUUCAAAACUCCUGACUAUUCCAGAGAUCCGCCUGGUUGAGGCAGAUGACGUUAAAGCUAGAAAGAAAACUGAGGCUGAUAUUACUGAAAAUCCAGUUCAUAACACCAAUCUGGAUAAUAAAUACCAGGCUACUGAGCAACACAUGAACCUUCCAGUCCUCUCUAAAGAGGUCAAUGAGGGGCUCCAUGGCAACCAAGCCUCUGGCUGGUGUGAGUCACCUUGCUCUGAGGUGGCAGAUGGUCACAGGGAAAACUACAGCCCAGCGACCAGAGUUUCUGCAAUGGGGGAGUUGGAUGAAGUCGUUUUCUUGGCUGUUUCCAGCGACACACCACUGUCCAGUUCAGAUGUCACAGGAACAGACAAGACGGCAUAUUCAAAAGAGAACAGUGUGGUCAAGGUGCGGAUGAGAAAGCCUGAACAUGCAAGUUUGGACUCAAUGGUGGUGCUGUUGAUGAAGCUGGAUCAGCUGGACCAGGAGAUUGAGAAUGCCCUUAGCGCCACUUCCUCUACAGACAGCACUCCUACUCUUCAUCAGCGUCAUUACCAGGACGCUACACCAGCAGCUUCACUAACUCUCCCACCUCUACAUGCGACUGCCACUUUCUCAUCAGGAUCUGCAAAAUCCCAUAAAGCCAAACCUAAGAGUGGGAGCUCUUCCAUUCCUUCUGAGAAGAAAAAAGCAGAGAUCGAAGCCAAAGAGGCCUGCACCUGGCUCCGAGCUGCAGGGUUCCCACAGUACGCCCAGCUUUAUGAAGAUUCCCAGUUUCCCAUUGACAUAUCUUCAGUCACCAGAGACCAUGACUUCCUUGAUCGAGAUUCUAUUGAGGCUCUGUGCAGGAGACUGAACACUCUCAACAAGUGCGCUCUAAUGAGACUGGAGAUCUCUCCACAAAGAAAGAGAAGCGAGGACUCAGAUGAGGAUGAGCCUUGUGCCAUCAGUGGCCGGUGGACAUUCCAGAGGGACAGCAAGCGAUGGUCCCGCAUGGAGGAGCUGGAGGUCUUCUCAACAUUCCCUACAGAUGACACCCAAACCUUUUUUCCCAAGGACCAAGUAUCCCAGAAGGGUAAGCUCACUCUGCGUGAAGGGAACAGUUCAGAGAGUGUGCUGACAGACCUCAGUGAGCAGCCUGAGGUGGGCUCCAUCCACAGCAGUGGGAGUGGAGGAAGAGGAGAGGAGAAGAUACAUGGUGCUGCCUUAUUAAAUGAAGCAGUACCUGCUGGUGCAACCCGGGCCAGCUCAAUAGCCAGCAUGUGUUCAUCCUCAGGCACAGGGGGAUCAGCAGGCCAAAAUGAGGACUCUCUGUCUGAUGGGUUGCCUCCGUCGCCCCUGGAGACCCUCAGGCACUUCAGCUUCGAUGUCAAAGCAGGGACUGUCGAAGGAAGUCUCGACAGAGAAGGAGGCUGCGGCAAAAGCACUCGUUCAAGGGCUAAAAGCUUCCUGAAGAGGAUGGAGAGUUUGCGACUUCGCAGCAGCACCUCUUCCAAGAGGAAGAAGAAGGGGUGCAUUGGUGGAGGGAAAAUAGAAAUCAGCGGACCAGUCAUUAAACAAGGCUUUGACGACGACAAACUGAAGAGGCUGAACUGUGUGGACAUUUCAAGCAUUAACCUCAGUCACCAUCUCAAUCCCGCUCAGACUAUGACUCUCAACCGGAACCGCUCUGUAUCAUACUCCACUCAGACCAGUAAUGGGAGCACUGGAAGCACUGGCAGCAGCCAGUCCGAAGCCAGCAGUGGCAGCACAGUUAGCACACCCAGUCCAGUGACCCGAGCUCGCAGCCACAGCACGGCGGCAGGUUCCAGUAAGAGAGGAGGAAUGUACCUGGAGGGCUUCGAUCCCUUUAGCCUUCUUCAACAGGAGCUGGAUCGCCAGCCACCCCUGCCCAAAUCGGCACCACCCAUCCCCUGCCAGGCCAGUGAUGGGAUGUCCAUCAAUGAGCAGAACCGCAGGAAUGACUGUGAUUCUCAAGACAAAAGCAGACAAGAAGAAGAAGAGGAGGAGGAUGAAGAGGGGGGCAUGAUCUUUUUCUAUUUGCCUGAAGGCCACAAGCCUGGAACGUUCCCCAAAGCCCUGCAGGAUGGGAGUUUGCACAACAACAACGGGAAUGAUAACGGAAAUUCGGUGAUCCUCAGGGGACGGCAAAGCAGACACCAGCGUCGCGGCUCUUUGGGCUCAGUUGACAGCCGGCGUAGUUUCUACGACAAUGUCCCCUACGCCGAAAGAGAGGAGGGAGAGGACGAGGAGGGAGAUGAGCACAAACUGGAGGAAGUGCUCCAACACGUCACUGGCUUCGUCAAUGCCUGGUCAGAGGCUGUGGCCGGUGAGGAGGAGGAGGAAGAGGAGGAGGGGGACUCGGAUUCUGCGCUGGACUCGGCGUCACCAUGCCCAUCCUCCCCUCUGCAGAACAGGCUGGAAGAGACCGAGAACGGAAGUGACCAGGACAGCACAGGAAACCCCUUGGGCGACGCCGAGGAUGGGAUAAGGGAGAGAAGAGAUUCAGGAGUGGGAGCGUCUCUUACUCGAACCAGCAGACCACAGAAGCUCCGCUGGCCAAGCUUCCAGAACUCCCAUCGGCCCAGCCUGGCCUCUGCCCAGCUCCAGAUCAGCUGCCAGUCUGUGCUGCAGAUGAAUCUGCUGCAGAAACUCUCCCUUCUGCAGCUCACUGCUCUCCUGGAGAAGCACACUCCAACAAACAAGCAUGGCUUCAGUUGGGCUGUGCCAAAGUUUAUGAAGCGAAUCAAAGUGCGUGACUACAAAGACCGGAACGUGUUUGGCGUGCCACUUCAAGUCAUCGUGCAGCGGACCGGCCAGCCCCUCCCUCAGGGAAUUCAGCAGGCCAUGCGAUAUUUACGCAAUCAGUGUCUUGACCAGGUGGGCCUUUUCAGGAAAUCUGGAGUUAAAUCUCGCAUCCAAGCUCUCCGCCAGCUGAAUGAGGCAAGCGGCGCAGAUGGCGGAGUGGUCAACUAUGAGGGCCAGUCGGCCUAUGACGUCGCCGACAUGCUGAAGCAGUAUUUCAGAGAUUUGCCUGAACCACUGCUCACAAGCAAGCUGUCUGAGACCUUCCUGCAGAUUUAUCAGUACAUGCCCAAAGAGCUCCGUCUUCAGGCGACCCGCGCCGCCGUGCUGCUGCUGCCGGAUGAGAAUCGGGAGGCACUGCGCACACUGCUGUGCCUCCUCAGCGACGUGACGGCCAGCGUGACCGAGAACCAGAUGACUCCCACCAACCUGGCCGUGUGCCUGGCGCCGUCGCUCUUCCACCUCAACACCCUGCGCCGCAAGGAGAGCUCCUCUCCCAGGGUGAUGAACCGGAAGCAGACGCUAGGAAAACCUGACCAGAGGGACCUGAAUGAAAAUCUGGCUGCCACUCAUGGACUGGCACACAUGAUCCAGGAGUGCAGGAAACUCUUCAGGAUCCCUGAAGAGAUGAACCGCUGCAGGAACUCAUACGUGGAGCAGGCUCUGCUGCCACAGCGCUUCAAGGAGCUGGCUGGUGAAACAGCAGGGCAGGGAGGCUACAGAGCCUGCCUUCAGGACACUUUGGACCUGCUCCUGAAGGAAGCCAAAGACAAGUUCAAAGGUUAUGACAGCUGCUCCACUCCUGAGCAUGCAGAGCUGGCCUACAGGAAGGUGCACGAUGGAUUUCCACUGAGACUCUGGAAAGUGACCAUAGAGAUUCCAGCGAGUCCUGAUGAGGUUCUGACAAGAGUACUGCGAGAGCAGGGGCACUGGGACGAGGACCUACUGGAAAGCAGAGUAGUGGAGACCCUGGAUGAACAGACAGAGAUCUACCAGUACGUCCGGAACGCCAUGGCGCCUCAUCCCACCAGAGACCACCUGGUGCUAAGAACAUGGGUCACAGACCUGCCAAAGGGUGCGUGUGCACUUGUAUCUACUUCUGUGGACCAUGAAGGGGUGCCAGCUGUGGGUGUUCGUGUCAAUGUGCUCACCUCACGCUUCUAUGUAGAACCCUGUGGAGUCAACAAAUCCAGACUGACACACAUUUCAAGGAUCGACCUAAGAGGUCGUUUUCCAGAGUGGUACAAUAAACUCCACGGACAGUUGUGUGCUGCUGAAGUGGGACGAAUAAGAGACUCCUUCACUGUCUCCAUGGACAAAUGAGCAGGCACCGUGCAAUUCUGACCACAAAAGAUUCUUGGACUGCAACAGAAACCUUCGUUUCAGUCAAAGCAUUGUUAUGUCCACAAUAAAUAGACAUGGUCCGGAGCCUGGAUUCAAGGACUUUUUUGUCCCAGGUCAAAACAGAUUGACUUAACAGGUCAUGUUGGGGCUGCCAAGAGGACUCGCACACAGAUUUAUCUCGGCUUAAGGACAUUGUUUUUGCUGAUACAGGAUGUAUGGUUUAGACUUUAUCGAAAGGAAUGAUACUGCUUCUGAGAAGCAAAGAAGACCCAAGGUAUGCAUGAGCUUGUGUGUGCGGGUGUGUGCAAAUGGGGAAUGCCUAUUUGUUGUGUUUGGUUUACAGGCAGAGGAAAGCAUGUACAUAUAAAAUAUAGUGGUCAGAAAUGUAGAUGUGGCCGUCCGCCUCAUGUUACCUCUGACUAACUUUUCUGUUACAUCAAAGCAUAGGGAACCUGUAGAUGUUGUUAUAGAGAGCUGAUGAAUUAAUCUUGAGGUGAGGAAAGCUGCAAAUCCACAGACUGAGUGGAAACAAUAGACAGGAUAUGGUGAGAUGACAGGUGGGUGAGUGAAUGCAGGGUUUUAUGGUUUAGAGUUAAAGACUGAGGAGGACUGGUGGCUGGCUCACCAAAAUGAAAGGACUGAUCAGCCGGGGCCUCAUUUACUGACAGAUAAAAGUCACUGUAAUCCCUCCAGAAGGAUUUGAUUGAGUCACCGGUUUUAUAUGGAAGCCGAUUUUUAUUUGAGAAAAUGAGAUGAAAAAGAUGGGUUUAGUCUCCAUGCUAGUGCCAAAGGCCAGUUCUUCAUUGACUUUAAAGAGAAGAGCAGGAACAUAAAAAGCAGAUUUAAUAGACCAAACAAAGAAAAGGCUAAAAAACUAAUCCUAGAAGGCGUCAAUGUUUGUUUUAGUCUCAAACACAGCACAGUUCAGUUUAUUUUUGUUUUUUGCAAUUAUGUCAUAUUAGAAAUAUAUCAAAACUAUACGUAUUCCAAUUUCUUUAUGCACAAGAGAACAAAAGACACAAUGCACUGCUCCAACCUGCAACGGAAACCUCCAGCUACAAGAAAAGAUGAGAGAAAAAAAUGUCCUUUUAUAAAGGUGGGGAUUUUACAGGUUUUACUGUAAAGAAGAGGGGAGUCUGAAUGUGUUUUUCUAAAGAAGGAUGAAGAUCUUUUUGCGUAAGCAUCUUUCUCUCUUUUAUCUUACAGUGUUUAAAAAGUAAUUAUAGAGAUUUGGGUCCAUGUAACUACUUCUAGCUCCAAUGCUCUUCGAUCAGAGACUGUUCAUGUUGACUGUGUAAUUAAUUCACUAAGCCAUUUGUUUAUAUUCUACAAGUUUGUACCUGUAACCGUGUCUCCGCCAAAUAAUAAUGCAUGACAAUGACAGUUAAUUUAAAGCAAAUAUAUUUAUACCUCCAAAUAUAUGUUUGUUUUGUAUCAUUUUUUUAUUUUAUUGUACAUGGUAAGCUUUGCAUUACAAAAAUUGUUUUAUCUUUUUUAUUAAUAUUAUUUCUGUACAGGUUAAUCAAAGUGCACUAUUAAAUGUAAUAAAAUAAUAUCGUUA